CUUCGCUUCCUCGAAAGUCAAGGAAUCACCGGGGGUCACCUUUUUAUUCCGGUUUUAUUUUAAAACACUCCAACUUCCACUUUUCUGUCACUGGAACAGUAAUUGACUUUGUGUUAAGUAAAGAAGUUAAGCCCGAAAGAAGUCGUGUAGCAGGUUUUUGUGACAGGGCGCUGCCGGUGAAUGCGCUGGGCGUGUGUGAAGAUAACGCAAACAAGGGCUGGAUGUGAAAACUGUCAGGAACAGAUAAUGCUCAGUAACCGUCGACCCCGGCCUGCAAUAACUCAGUCUUUGUAACGAGAGCCCAGUGCCAUGCAGUCAAGAGCGUGUCCAGAUACUCCAAUAUUUACAGCACCGCUCGAUACAUUGGUCAUCUGACUUCAUACAGUAAGUUUCGACAGAUAAUGAUUAGGUGAGACUCGUAAACUUCGUUUUGGUCGUCGUCUAAUCCAAAUGUAUGGGACAAUGUUGCGAAUGACAAGGUUUACUGUAGGGAAACUGCAGCAGUGUAACAUUACCUGCUGUCAGUCAGAUACAUUUUAUCAUUUGUCUAAUCGGAUCUCAAGAACACCGUGGAAAAGGCAAGUGUGCAAGAACGGAUCGUUUGAUGUCCUUGUGAUGCCCGUCUAUAAGGGAAGGAGCAUGUCCUGGCUCUCUUGUCUCAGAACUGGAGGUUUGUUUCUGCCCAAGAGAGUGUGGACACACUCCAGACACACGGUUGCUCUCUAUAGCACAUCUACGGACUCCAAACAAACCGCAAAGUCUGUGUUAAAUCAGGAGAGUAAAGUCAAAACCUCAGAAAACUCGUUACGUGCUCCCUCAGAAGAUGUCAAGAAGUUGCUGCAGCUGGCGUAUCCUCAGCGAUGGAGACUGACGGCUGCCGUGGGCUUUUUGGUGUUCUCCAGCUCUGUCACCAUGUCUGCACCAUUUUUUCUGGGAAAAGUGAUCGACACCAUCUACACUAGCCCCUCAGAGGACUUCACCUCCUCCCUUACCUCCCUGUGUAUCAUGCUAACAGGGGUCUUCCUCUGCGGGGGCGCUGCAAAUGCUGCUCGUGUCUACCUCAUGCAAAUCUCAGGGCAACAGAUAGUACGAAAGUUGCGCGAAUCUCUUUUCUCCUCGAUUCUGAAGCAGGAGGUGGGAUUCUUUGAUAAGACCCGAACCGGUGAGCUCAUUAACCGCCUUUCAGCAGACACGACCAUCGUCGGGCACUGCCUCACUGACAACCUGUCUGAUGGGCUGCGUUCCCUCGCCCAGGCAGGGGCCGGAGUUGGCAUGAUGUUAUAUGUGUCACCUAGUCUGGCAGCUUUUGUGCUGAUGGUUGUUCCUCCUAUUGCCUGCCUGGCUGUAAUUUUCGGUAGAUUCUUACGAUCCAUAUCGAGACGCACACAGGAUGCGUUGGCAGAGGCUACACAGUUGGCAGAAGAGAGGAUCAGCAAUAUACGGACAGUCCGGGCUUUUGGAAAAGAGCUGACGGAGGUGCAGAAGUACUCGGAAAAGGUUGAUCAUAUUUUUGAACUGGCUAAGAAAGAGGCUGUGCUUUCUGCUGGAUUCUAUGGAGUGACAGGAUUGAGUGGAAAUGUCAUCAUCCUGAGUGUGUUGUAUAAGGGAGGUCUGUUGAUGGCCAGUGAGGCCAUGACUGUUGGGCAGCUCUCCUCUUUCCUAAUGUAUGCCUUCUGGGUGGGCAUCAGCAUCGCAGGUUUCAGCUCAUUCUACUCCGAGUUGAUGAAGGGGCUUGGUGCAGGGACUCGUCUAUGGGAACUCGUGGACCGAAAGCCUGAAUUUCCUCUCAAUGAGGGGCUUGUGUUAAAACCAGAGCAGUUCAAAGGAGAACUGGAGUUUCGUAAUGUGUGUUUUGCUUACCCAACAAGGAAGGAUUCCACCAUCUUCCAGGAUCUAAGUCUGUCUGUGCCGGCGGGGUCAGUAAUGGCAGUAGUGGGAUCCAGUGGUUCAGGCAAAUCCACACUGGUGUCACUGUUGCUCCGGCUCUAUGAUCCUGAUUCAGGUGUGGUCAGUGUUGAUGGCCGUGAUAUACGAGACUUGAAUCCUUACUGGCUGAGGAGUCACAUCGGUACUGUAAGCCAGGAGCCAGUUCUUUUCUCCUGCUCUAUUGCUGAGAACAUCGCUUAUGGGGCGGCAGAGCCAAGUCAGGUCACAAUAGAGGACAUCUACAGGGCAGCGCAGAUAGCCAACGCUCAUGACUUUAUCCAGGAAUUCCCUAAGGGCUAUGAUACAGUGGUAGGAGAGAAGGGGGUAUUGCUGUCAGGUGGACAAAAACAAAGAGUUGCUAUAGCACGAGCCCUGCUGAAGAAUCCAAAGAUACUGUUAUUGGAUGAAGCUACAAGUGCUCUGGAUGCAGAGAAUGAGUUCCUGGUACAGGAGGCAUUAGAGAGGCUGAUGGACGGCCGCACCGUGUUGAUCAUCGCUCACCGUCUCUCCACCAUCCAGAGCGCAGACGCCGUGGCUGUGCUGGACCAGCACCACGUGAUGGAGAUCGGCAGCCACGCCAAGCUCCUUGCCAACGACCAGGGGCUCUUCCGCAAGCUGAUGGAGAAGCAGGCCUUCCUGCAGGCCGAGCAGAAACACACUCUCUUCAAAUAGGAGUACUUUAAAGACAACAAAGGGAGCGCACACAUUCAAACAUGUUUAAAGGCAUUUCAUAUGUUUUAUUGUGCAUUCCGAAAAGACUAAAAUGUAGCUAUUUAUCAUAAACUGCCAAGUAACUGGAAACCAGUUGUAUACUGAUCAUUGUUAAUUACAAUGGCAGACAGUCACAGCUACAUGCUGUGGACCUGAUUUAAUACUUAUCCGAGUUGCAAAAAACACUGCUUUUUAAAUUGUUUUAUUAUUGUUUAUAGCCCAAGAAAAACAUCAAUACAUUUCAAAAAAAGCUUUGGAAAAGCUUGAAAGGAAUAUGAGGGCAAUUUGAAAUAUGAGUUACUUGAUGCUACUGCUACUACACCGCAUGCAUAAUUAUUAGGCACGUUGAUAUUCUGAUGAUA